AUGCCAGCUUAUGCUAAAUUCAUGGAGGAGAUAUUGUUCAAGAAACAGAAAGCGGAAGAGAAAUCGGUGGUGAAGCUCACAGAGCAUUGUAGUGCCAACUUGCAGAAUAAGCUCCCUAAAAAAUAUGGAGAUCCAGGGAGUUUUACAAUACCUUGCUCUUUCGAAAGUACUAAAUUUAAAAAAUAUUUGUGUGAUUCAGGUGCUUCCAUUAAUAUUAUGCCUUUGUCUAUUUUUAGGAAAUUAGAGGGAGAUAUUGGAGAGAUCAGGUCGGUACCUGUGUCCUUGCAGCUGGCGGAUCAGACCACAAUCAUACCGGAAGGAAUAGUGGAGGAUGUGCUAGUUCGGGUGGACAAUUUUGUGAUUCUGGUGGACUUCAUUGUGGUGAAUAUGGAGGAGAAUAGGGAGGUCCCGCUGAUUUUAGGAAGACCCUUUUUGGCUACGGGCAGUGCAAUUCUAGAUAUUCAGGAAAGACUGUUCAUGCUCAGAGUGGGGCAUGAAAGGCUGAUCUUCAAAAUGGAAGGAGAAAGGGGGGCCCUGAAAGAGCAAAUCGGAAAGAGUGAAGCUGAUAAGUGUGGGGUGUACCCAAAUAAGGCAAAAAAGAAGCUCUCAGCGUGGAUGUGUGCACUAGGUUGA